AUGCUGGAUAGAACGGGCAAUGGUUUAGCGCUCCUGAAUUGUCGGUACCAGAGCAACGAGGAUGAAUCCAUUGCUAUUUAUGUCAAGGAUCUCGACCUGACGAUGGAGCGAUUCCGACGAAUAAAAAGUUCAACACUCGUCAAGGUUAGCAGAUUCGCGCUGGUACAGAAUGUCUUAUAUAACGAGGCCUCUAUUGAAGAUAGUCGCUAUGAGUACGGAUCACACUUGGACGGUGCAACCGGUUUGAUGACUGCGUCCCGAAAUGGUCAUGUUCGACCAGUGUGGUACUUACUCACCUUGAGUAGUAUUGAAUCUUGGUUGCGGCGCAGAGAAGGCCGCAAGGCAAUUUUCGAAGCAAUACAAGGAGGCAACGAAAUGAUUGUAAGGAUACUAUUACAUCGCAGUGGCAUCCGGGCUCACGAGAGUGAAGAAGAGCAGGAAAGUCCGACGGCUUUCUUACUAGCAGCGAUAAGAGCAGAGCAGCAUCCCAUAGUCAAGCUUCUCCUGGAGAGGGGCUUCAGACCUGAUCCUUUACCGACUCAUCACACCAAAUCUACGUCAGCACUAUCCCUCGCGGCUUCCUACGGGUUGGAGAGUAGCGUCAAACUGCUUCUUCAAUACCGUGCAAAUGUGAAUUGGCUCAAUGACAAGUCCCAAACUCCGCUCUGCUUCGCUGCAGAGAAAGGCCAUGAGAAUAUUAUUCGAAUCCUGAUUAAUCAUGACGCAGAGCUGAAUCCAUUCCAAAGUGCAGGGAAAUCAGCGCUCUGUUAUGCUUCCGAAGCUGGUUACGAAUCAAUCGUACGGCUUCUCAUUGCGGAGGGAGCCAAUGUCAAUUCCCAAGAUGAAGAAGAGAGGACCCCUUUGCUUCAUGCUAUCCUAAGCAAUCAUGUGCAUAUCGCUCAGGAACUGAUCGAUUCCGGCGCUAGUCCCCAUUCUUUAGAUAAUAAGGGAAGAUCGCCUCUAUCGCAUGCAUCUGAAAGAGGACAUGACAAAGUAGCUGAACUGUUGAUUAACAAUGGAGCGAAAAUCGAAAGCGAAGAUGACUCCCACAAGACGCCAUUAGCUUAUGCUGCCACAGAGCUCGAGUUCGAGACUAUCCGGGUCUUAUUGAAACAUGGGGCAGAUAUUGAAGCAGUAGACGACGAGUCUGCCAUGUCCCUGGCACUUGUUGAAACCCAUCCGGAUAUCAUGCGAGCUUUCAGCAAUCACAGUGCAGUGCAAACAAAGGUUGAAAAUCAUACUGUGCACGAACCAUUCCAAGGGGAUGUAGUAGAUGACUGGGAAGAUAUAGAGGAGACCAGAGAUGCAGUGCAAGUGGUCCCUCGCAAUCGCAAGAAGUUGAAGCCGAAGCCGAAGCGCGCUCAACAUCGUCCUAAGGCGGAGGCUAGAUGGUGCCGUGGGAAGCCAUCCGCCCUCGAUAACUCUUAA